AUGAUUAAACCAGUUUUGCUUGUAAGCAAUGUUUGUUGUUGCACGGUUGGUGCUGCAUUAGUGUCAUUUAAUUCAAAAAGACCCAUUAGCAAUGAAUCGAAACGUAAAUUUUACGAGGAUGACACUCAAGUUGUGCCGGUACCAGGUACGGUAGUAGCUGCACCAGCAUCCGAAAUCGAAUCAUUAGGCCAGAAUAGAAUGAUAGAUGGGAUAUCUGUGCGCUCUACCGAGGCCACCGAGGAAUUUUUCAAAACAAUCAGAUCUCGUUUUACUUCUGCGUUGAAUGGUUUCAACAAUUGGCUAAAUCACAAGUAUACAAAGUUCAACGAAACAGAGAGGUAUGUGACAAAUACAGUGAGCAGCUUACAUUACAGAAAGGAAGACAUCUUACCCAAUGGGAUAUACGUGAUAAUUGCAAUUUUAUCAGGUACAAUUGCUGCUAGACCUCGUGGACUAAUCUCGAGAAUAACCUUCCCGACAGUAGCCGGUCUCGUUGCUUUUAAGUAUUUCUUACCAGUUACCUUUGACAACACUCGAGAAUUUGUUUGGCUUGUUGAGCAAAGAAGCGUUCCUCAAGUUGCUCAGCAACAGGAAAACGCUUAUCACAGCGCAAUUGGUUUAGCCAAAUCUAUUGAAGAAGGUGCUAACCAUGGCGUCGAGCGCAUCGAAAGGGGUGCGCAUUCGUUAAAGCAAUCAAUUGCAGAGAUAACCGGUUUAAACAUUGAUGAAGAAGUGUCAAAGAAAAAAUAG